UGCGGAAGAAGAUACCUUUGGAAGAAUCAAACUCACAGGUAACCAACACUAGCAUUUCUAGUAAGCCUGCAUAUCCAAGCAGCCCUUUCCACGCUGUAUCAACGAAAUCCCCGUGUCCCGUUGGUGUUUCCUUCAAUCAAUGCUGCAUUGCAGCUGCCACUUCUUUUCCAUAUCGUUAUCGAGUCCUUCCACCAUUCUUCUCAUAUUCGACACAGCGGUUCGAUAAAACCAUCUCGCACAAUAAAGCAUGGAUACUGUGCACGAACAGCCAUAUCGACCACGAAGGAAGUUCGUUCUUUGCUUCGAUGGAACCGGCAAUAAGUUUUCCGGCACCGAUGCAGACUCCAACAUUUUGAAAAUCUACCGCAUGCUAGAUCGAAAUGAUGACAGCCAAUUCCAUUACUAUCAGCCAGGCAUCGGAACUUAUGUGGUCGCCAAAUCCUUAUCGCAUACAAGUCGUCUCGAUAAGAUUAAGUCGUGGUAUGCAAAAGCUAAGGAUAGUGCGAUUGGUACUUCUUUCGAUGCGCAUGUUAUGGGGGGUUACAGAUUCUUAAUGCGCUAUUAUCUUCCUGGGGACGACAUCUAUUUCUUCGGAUUCUCCAGGGGCGCUUAUACUGCCCGAUUCCUGGCAGAAAUGCUGGAUCAUGUUGGUCUAUUAUCCGCGGGCAAUGAAGAAAUGUGCCAUUUCGCCUGGAAGACCUUUCAGAAAUGGCAAUGUCGCCAGGAACGCAACGCCAAAGAAAAGAAAGAGAAAAGGCGGCUCCUGGAAUUCAUGUGUGCUUUUCGAGAAACAUUCAGCCGCCCGGUUCGCCCAAUUCGCUUCCUUGGGCUCUUUGACACAGUGAACAGUGUUCCGCGAUUCGAGAACGCCUGGAUGCAACGGAGCAAAUUCCCAUAUACAGCGCGAAGUUCCGCGAGGGUGAUCAGACACGCAGUAUCUAUCGAUGAGCGGCGGGCAAAAUUUCGUCAAGAUCUUAUUUCACAGGAAAAGCCCGAUCGUCGCUCGAGGUACUAUCGACGGCGCCACAGACACCAUCAUCUAAAUGCGAUAGGACACCAUAACAGUGCAAAUGGGGAGGGCGACGUUCCUCGGGGUCGUAAACUCUCCCAGCCUUCAGGAAGGCGCGACACUUUAUCAGUGCCUCAUGUAUACCGCGAUCCAUCCGAGACCGCAGGUGUGAGAUACCGUAGUCCGGGUUUGUCCGAAAGAACUGGAGUCACUUCGGCCUCAAACUCUGUAUCAAAUCUUUCAUUCGACGCCCUGCGACUAUACGAAGACUCUGACUCAGAUACUGAGGAGCAAGAUAUACAGGAAGUCUGGUUCGCAGGUUGUCAUGCAGACAUCGGUGGUGGUUGGCCAUUGGCACCUGGUGAAGACGCCGCACUCAGCCAUGUACCCCUUGUCUGGAUUAUUCGCGAGGCGGAGCGAGCUGGCCUUAACUUCGACGAAGACAAAUUACGUGCCUUAAAUUGCUAUCUAGAAGAGCUUGAUCCUGGUUUUGACCAAGACCAACGUCGUCCCACGAUUCCGGCGGUCCCAAUAAUCGAAAUCGACCCUGCUUCGCCACGGCCUGUGACUGACCGCGAUGUUUCUCCACUCGGCCAUAAUUACGCAGAUCCAGACACUGGCAUUAACAGAGAAGGUAAAUCAGAAGUCAAUGGCAGUGGCCAAGACAGGAUUACGGAUGAACGUACGUUUACCUCGAACUAUCACAUUCAUCUCAACAAGGCUGCGACAUGUGGGCGAAUACAUGAUGUUCUCUGUUUUGACAAUGGCGUCACUCAUGCAUCAGUCAUAUCCUGGAACAUCAUGGAGUAUCUGCCAUUCCGCCGCAUGGAUCUGCAGCCAGACGGUUCUUGGACAUCCAUAACUUGGCCUCUUCCCAAGGGUGAAGUCCGCGAUAUACCUGACAACGCUGUCAUACAUAGUAGUGUGCUCCGACGCAUGGAGGCAGACGACAAUUAUCGUCCCGGUAAUCUGAUAGUUGGUGGGGGAGGUAGGGGGGUUAGAAAGGCACCCAAGGAGAUGGGUAUGGGCAAGUGGAAGGUUUACAGGGAGGAAGGAGACCCAGUAGGAGAGUGUUUUGUCAGGAAAGAGAAGCCACGCAUUGUGCAAAGAGAGACGGCAUCGGGAAAGCCACUGACUGUUGCGCCCAACGGGCCACAGGGAAUGUUUCUCGCGGGUAGAUGAACUGCAAUAGUGAAGGACUUGGCCGUUGCAAUAUGACCUCGUAUUGGUAUCAAUCAUGAUGUACUCCGUU